AAAGGUACUGCACAUAAUUUAUGAAUAUAAGAAUACUUCCUGCUGUGACGUCCAAUGCUCUUUUACUCUGAAGCAUUUGUUUAGCAGUCAGUGAGCAACUUACAGCAAAGAGUGGAGUCUAAUCAAUAUAGGAGUGUGUGACCACUGCAAGUAUCUUGGUAAACUAAACUGACCCACUGAAAACAAUGUCAAGACUAAGUUUAGCAAAAUGCAGAUCACUUCUGAAAGGCGUAUACAGCUACACUGCUACAGGAAGCACAAGCAAUGCACUGCAGACAAGGCCUUACUGUCAGAAAUCUAAUGACCUGGACACAAAAGUCACAUCACAAGCAUUUGCUGGUCAGAAUCUAUUUAGACCUGAAAGAAGACCUUCUAAUAUUGAUAAGAAGAUUCUACUGUGGGCUGGACGCUUCAAAAAAGAAGCAGAUAUUCCAGCAUAUGUAUCAUGUGAAACCAUCACAGCUGCCAGAAAUAAUGUCCGGAUUAAAAUCUGCUAUGCAAUGAUAGGAAUGACUAUUUUAGGCUGCAUCACAAUGGUGAUUUUGGGAAAAAAAGCACUCAAAGAGGACAAUACAUUGCUUCAAAGAAAUCUAGAGAGAAAAGCAAAAUGGAGAGAGGAAACUACAAAGGAGCAGGAGGUUCCAUCUUUAAAAAAUCACUGACCCAAUCGAUCAUCAGUACUAAACAUGUUCUUAAAGGAACAUGAAACCCACAUUUUUUCUUUCAUGAUUUAGAUAAAGAACACAAUUGUAAACAUUUUUCUAACUUACUUCUAUUAUCAAUUUUGCUUUAUUUUCUUGGUAUCUUUUCUUGAAGGAGAAGCUAUGCAAUACUGGGAACUAGCUGAACACAACGAUAAACCAAUCAAGAGGCAUAUAUGUGCAGACACCAAUCAGCAGCUAGCUCUUGAGCUUAUCUAGAUAUGAUUUUCAACAAAGGAUACUAAGAGAAUGAAGCAAAUUAGAUAAAAGAAGUACAUUGUAAAGUUGUUUAAAAAUGUAUACCCUAGCUAAAUGAUGAAAAAAACAUUUUUUUGCGGGUUUCAUGUCCCUUUAAUAAGAGUUUGUUAAUAUUGAAUUUUACGCUAUUUUUAUCUGCUAUUGUAAAUGCAGGGAAGCAAAGAUGCAUCACGUUUAAUGAUCUGUUACAGUCAAGUUUUUUAAAUAAAAAUUGAAUUGUGCCUGUCACAUUUAAUUUUCCAAUUACUGAAAAAAAGAUGAAUUUUAUUAUGUUUGUAAAAUUACUGGUCUCUUUUUCCUUACGUUCCUAUCAAAAUGUAUUAAUAAACUAAACAGAAAUCAUUGUUGAGAUGGAGAAAAAAUAAAAAAAAUAUUUCUGUGUAAA